AUGAAGGAGCUGAGGUAUCAUGGGAGAAUAAUCAACGAGGAGCUUUUGGAGGUGCUUGGGCUCGCAUCUCCUGCCCUGCAUGCGGUUCUUCCGGGACAUCUGGAGUACCCAAACUUAUUCAUGUUCACCUGUUCUGAUGAGAAAAAGUCUGACGGCGUACCGAAGAAUGUGAACUCUGUCCGUCCAGCCGAUAUCAAAGUUGUUAUGGCCCUUGGCGACUCGCUAACGGCUGCUAAUGGAGCAGGUGCUGAAGAUCCAGUGGCAGUUAUCCUGCAGUACAGAGGGCUGGCUUUCCAAGCAGGUGGCGACGGCACUCUCGAGCAGCACGUCACCAUUCCCAAUAUCCUGAAGAAAUACAAUCCGAACCUUUUCGGUUAUUCCGUCGGUAUUGGGUCGCCGAACGUGUGGGAAGUGGCACACCUAAAUGUCGCAAUGCCCGGUGCGAUUGCUGCUGAUCUCCCAGGACAGGCCCGUACCCUCGUCUCACUCUUGCACACUCACUCCGAG